CUUGAAUCACCACGGACAUAUUUUCAUGUAACACUCGCGAGCUGAUUCCGUCCAUUGACAGAAGCCGUGGUGAGAGAACCAGCGUCUGACACUCACUCUGUCGUGAAGGAGUUUGUCUCUGAAGAAGUGGAAGGUUCGAUUGAAACUUUAGAAAAUGUUAUAUUGAUUUAAAGUCGGUCAGGACGCUAACGAGUCGGUUGUUUAGCUAACGAAGCUAACAGACGCUUAUUCGAGGGUGUGUCUGUCAAACCGGUCCCUCCACACAGCCACAGUUGAGAGGGAGACAUGACGAGUGUGGCCGGGAAAGUUUUCUGCCGGGUGGAGCGGCUGUGUCGCCACCUGCCCGUGGUCCUCAACACCUUCCUGGUCUUCUCCAUCACCGCGGAGGUGAGCUACCUGGUGAUGGUCGAGGCUCCGCUGGAGCCGGACAGGAAGAAGACGGAGUGGUCCUCCCGGUGGAAGCUGGUCCACCUGCUGGCCCAGUACUUCAUGCUGGGAAACAUCUGCUGGAACGCCCUGCUCUUCCUCAGGACCAGUCCCAGCAUCAGGGGGGUGUUCCUGGGGGGAGAGGGCGUAGGCCUGGGCUGGAGGUAUUGUUAUACAUGUGAGACACACACUCCUCCUCGAUGCUCCCACUGCUAUGACUGCAAAGUGUGUGUGCUGCGGCGGGAUCACCACUGCGUCUUUUUCGGCCAGUGCGUGGGCUUUCGCAACUACCGCUUCUUCCUGAGCUGCCUGUUGUUCAUGUGGUCUGGGCUCCUGUACGCCACGCUGAUGAACGCCGAGGUCUUCAUUGUCAUACUGAAGGAGGGGUUGAGCCUGCACAGCAUCCUGCUGCUGCUCAUACCCUGGAUCAUGCUUGUUUCAGGCCAGGUCUCAGCCCGCGCCUUUGCCUUCGCCUUCAUCGCUGAUACAUGUGUGGUGGGCUUCCUGCUGGUGUCCUCAUUCUUCUUCUUCCACCUCUUCCUGCUGUUUCGGGGACAGACCACCAAGGAGUGGUACUCGUCCCGCCGACCCUACAAUCUGGGACUCCUGGGCAACCUGCGCAGCACCCUGGGCCGUCGCUGGUACCUCUGCUGGCUCUGCCCUCUCAUCCCAUCACCUCUACCUGGAGAUGGGAUAAACUUCCCAGUCACAGGGUCACUGGAACCCACCCGGUAACAGCUAAGACUGAAGAUUACCACGUUGUGUGUCCUUACUUUUGUGGUGAUGGUUAAUGGUGUUAGGGAUCAGCAGCAGGGGAGAUCACCUCAGUUCAAGAGGAGAAAUGGUGGGAUGGGAAGAAGCUAGAAUAACAUAUGGUUGUUAAAGAUUUUGUUGGAUUUUGCCCACCAGUAUCUUCUCUGUAUAUUUAGCUGAGGAUUUAUGGGUCUGCUUGAGAAGGUACAUUGACCUUGACCCAAAGGUCCUUUGUACACUCAUUGAGGCCGGCCUCCUUUGGAGUACUGAGCACUGAAAUAUAUGUAAACGCGAAUGUAUUUUAAAGUUAAAAGAAAAUGUUAAAUGCUCAUUUAGCUGCCUACAUGUGAGGGGCGCACACAUUUGGCUUGCACUGUCCCUGAAUAGACGAACGGAUCAUAAAAUACACCGACAUUUGCCUCAUAUAUGCCGUUGUGACUUAGCUGCUGAGUUUUACAAAUACACUGAACUUUUUACUGGAUACUGACAGUGAUGUCUAAGGUUGCAGUUUACAGAUAAAUGUAAAGUCAUUUAGUAAAUGCAGUAUUUAUCUAUUUAUCCAUCUAUUGACAUCACAUGUGAAUGGUCUUUCCCCAUGUUUCAUAUCAAACUGUUCAUGUUUCAGUCAGACAGCGACUGUUAAACCAAACCUACAGUGUAAUAACAUGAGACUAUUUUCCUACUUUGUGUUUAUUUUUUACAAUCAGUGAUACAACACUUGCACUGUCAGAUGUCAGAUUUCAGAUUUUCCAGAAAUGUUUUCACCAAAAUUUUUUUUCUCCUGAUAUGUUUCGUGGAACUGUUUCACCAGACUCAGAUUAUUUCAUUACUUUUCCAGUUGGAACACACAACAUAGUCAAAACCUGCAUCGAUUCAGUAAAUAUGGAUUAGGAACACAGCGUUGAUGGCAACUUUAAUUUUGUUGCCUCAUUACAACACCCCCACACUCCUCCUUUGCUUUUUGUCAUUUUAAUUAUCCCAGCCUUAAAAUGUAGUGGAAAAAUCUUAUGCCUUUGUUUGACAGGUGCUCUUACUCGUCCAACACAAAAAUUACAUCACAAUCCAAACUUUUGUUUGUCAGUAUUGGUAGUUUUGCUCAAUAUAUUUGUGCUUAAUUUCUUUUUUCGGGUCUAUUGUGCCAUUUGAUGUUUGGUUUCGCCAUUUAAAGAUGAUUGCGUUAAACUUUAUGAAGGGAACGAUUGAAAAAUGAUUCACUUUAUUAUUUUAUACUCUAAAAAUUGGUGUACGUUGUGUUGUGUUAAUAAAACUUGGGUUUGUAAUGA